AACGUUGAUGUUCUCACGAAAUGUAAGGCGAUGUGUUUCGUUCGAAGAAUGAAUGAUUGAAGAAAAAACGUAAGAUGAUAUAGUUAUGUUGCCUUCGACCGGUUACUUUAAAGCUAUCAACUGUCCGUUUUACGAAAGCGGAACUUGCGAUAGGCCCUACUGUCACUUCAAGCAUUCGAAGCGAGAAGAUGCCACGGUUACAGUGGAAACGGUCGAAACGUUGGAAAGUCGUUCGGGCCAAAUUCAAGAACCAAAACCAACAGCCGUACAAUCUAAUAGUGAUGUUUUGCAACAAUUGGUGACUGAAGCCGUCAAGAAAGUUCUCGCUAAUCAAGAAGUCACAAAUACGGAUGAAUUUUCAUGCCAGAAUGUUGUUACUCAAGUUGUUGAAGGGUUAAAGCCCUCUUUGACUUCUGGAUCUUCCAGUACAUUGGAAAUUGUUACACCUAACACUGCGGAGAAGAGAACAGAUGUAUCAACGUCGAUUAAUAAAUCUAUUCCGUGCGUUUAUAAUCCUACACCGAUCGCUGAGCUUAAGAAACGUCAUAUACCAAUAAUAUCGUACAUGCCAAGCAGGGAAAGUAAAGUUGCUGUGAAACGUAAAUGUUCCCCCGAUGGAGUUAAACCGUGGCUAGGUCUAGCUAGCGAUUUACCGGAGUCUCUAAGUACCGAAGCUAAAUACAAACCUACGACGAUAGUUAACAUUAAUACGCGGGAAGCUUCGCAAAGCUACAUACCUACGUGUAAGGUUGAUCCAGUCUCGUCGAAUUCGCUCGAGGACGGGAACUCUAGUGAUUAUCCGCUUAAACUUGGGGAAGCAUACUAUCCAAAGUAUAAGAAGAGAAGGGAAGAGUAUGUUCCAAAGAAAGUAAAAGCCCCGCUGAAAAGUAUCGAGGGCCUAGAUGACUCAACGUUGGAUAGUUUUGAAUCGGGAUUUAAUACGGUGAACGAUCCGACGGUAGAUGGACUUUCGUCUACUUUUCAGGGCAAUGAGGAACAGCAAGAAUUUUAUUCUGAUUUAGAACCGAAAUUCUCGGAUGAUGACGAGAACGAUAACGAUAACGAUAACGAUAACGAUAACGACAACGACAACGACAACAACGACGACAAUGAUAACCGGGAUAAUGUUGGAUAUUACGAUCACAGUUCGGAUAAGAUUAACGGUGAUAGCGUUGACGAUGCAACUACAAACGAAAUUGAACUGUGCGAUGAUGCCACGAACAGCGGUUAUUUGAAUGAUGAACACCAUGCACAUUUACAUUCCACGAAAAGAAAUAUUAGCGACGACUGUAUUAGUAACGAAUAUUGCGAAGAGAGGGUACCGAAAGGCAGCAGCGUUUCGACGCGCGGUACUCCUGUGGUUAAAGAAGUUUUGAAAACCUUACAAUCCGAGAAGGGUAAAAGUUUGGAAGUGGACACGAGUAAAGCAAUCGACAAGAACGUGAAAGAACAGAAGUGCGGAAAAGACUAUAGGAGUAAAAGCCAAAGGGAUCACGAUAAUUCACAUAAACGGUACAAAGAGAAACGUGUUUCGAUUGAAAAGUCGCAUUCCGCAUCCUGCGGUCCGAGCAAGGAUAAGAGUCGUACCAAAGGCGAUAGUAAGGAUUCAAAAAGCAAGAAACACGAUAAAAACAAAUGUAGAGACAAGAGUGACGAGAAACGUCGAGACAAGAAAAGGAACAGAGAUGGAAAUGAAAAUCGAAACAAGAGCAAAAGAGACAGGAGGGGUUCUCGUGACUCAGAAAAGCACAGAGAUGAGCGUGACUCGAGCAGAUCUGUUGGAUCUUCGAGGAAGGGAGAACGCGUUAAGAAAAGAAGCGACGGCAGUAAACGUUCGAAUUUGAAUCGUAAAUCUGACGACGAGGACAGAACCGAGAAUAACGAGGAAAGGAAUUCGGCUGAGAGGCUCACGAAUCUGUUGGAAAGCGUUCGAUCAAAGCCAGACUACAAUCCCGACGAGGAAAAUGACGACGGCCGCCGCCACAGCAUUGUCGAUAGCUACAUAGAUGAAAUAAUUUUAAGUGGAUCCGACUCCGAUCACGACGUCCAAGAAGAGUGCUUGAAGAUAUUUCAGGAAUAUCAAGUGUCGGAGCGAUCAAAGUCUACGGUAUCAUCCAGAGAAUUUUCGUCGGGACAUGAAAAAGAGCAGAAUGAAGAAUUAGGUAGGAAAAGGGUAGCUUAUCCUUCGGCGGCCAUGUGUGUUACCAGACAGAUCGUUGUUAACCAGGAGCCAAAGAAAUUAACAAAUCCUCACCAGAAAUUGUAUGAAAGAUGGCGAUCGAUGAGAGACGCUGUAGCAGAAAAAGCGAUUUCAGUGGGUAGUAACGUUUCCGUUUCCAAGGAAGUACAACGGCGACACCAAAUUGAAGCUACAGGAACAGCGUGUAAUAAUGAAAUCAAAUUAAAUGGAAAUGGCCGUGUAAGAAUUGCUCAUGUUCCGUACGCAAAAUCUCUAGCCAUAGAGAAAAAAAAGAUGACGGAAAACGUCGGAACAUCGAAAGACAGUAAAACAACGGAGAAUUGCAAGACGGCCGCGCAAACGGCGAAGAGUGGGAUACGCGUCGCUCAUGUUCCACAAGCGGUUCCUCAGCUAAUACGACCGGAACCGUUACAAGUGACCACACAGAAGUUUCCGUUAAAUGUUCGCCAGUAUUACGUGAACAUGAUGCACGACGUGUGCGUGCAAAUUUACACAAAUGCAGAAGAUGCGGGGCAACGCGCGGUUAAAGAAGAAUACGCUUGUCACGAAAGAUGCAAAGCGUUAGCCGUCUACAAAAACUCUUGCAUGCUCGCCGCACAUCGAUUAAGAAAGGAGGUUGAUCAGAGUGGUUCGUCGUUAGAAAAUAGUGCGGGUACAACAACAGCGGCGGGCAGCAGUAUGGUGUCUCAUGAGGCCGUACUAACCGGCAAAGCAAAAGGUUCCUGGAGUGUGCUGAAAACGAAACGAUCCGUUACGGAAUUCAAAGGAACGAAACUGUAUACUAUGCUGAAAAAAUGGUUACUGACUGAACAGCAACUUCGGGUUAACGGAUUUCCUCGGCAACAUCCGGAUGGUCAGAAGGGACAUGCGAAAAUCUACGUCACGAAUUCACGGAAUCAGAGUGUCUUGUCCAAAGUGCCUAACGAAAGAAUUUGCAGCCGAUGCGGUCAGGCGUAUGCGAUAGACAAACAAGGAUUUCCGUUGCGUCCACAAAACUGUAUAUACCAUUGGGGUAGAAAAUUCACUAUCAGGGGUGAAGGAAAGUACAGUUGUUGUCAACAAUAUGGUUCUGCGACUGGUUGUUGCGACGCUAAAACGCACGUAUGGGAAUACACCGACUACGAGAACCUCCGUGGUUACGUGAAAACAUUGCCGAAAGACAUAUCCAUCGAAGAACAAGGAGUUUACGCGCUCGAUUGUGAAAUGAGUUAUACGACGCAAGGAUUAGAACUGACCAGAGUAACGGUCAUUGACGAAGAUUGCACCGUGGUAUACGAAACAUUGGUUAAACCGCAAAAUCCGGUAAUCGAUUAUAACACGAGAUUUUCUGGAAUCACCGAAGAAAGUAUGAAGAACGUAACAACGUCGUUACUGGAUGUUCAAGCGACGCUGCUUACUAUGUUUUCGGCGAAAACGAUAUUAGUGGGUCACAGCCUCGAGAGCGAUUUCAAAGCUCUGAGACUUCUGCACGACACUGUGGUCGACACGAGCGUAAUGUUUCCGCACAAGAACGGAUACCCGCAAAAGAGGGCUCUGAAGAAUCUUUGUUCCGAAUAUCUGAGGAAAAUUAUUCAGAACGACGUCGGUGGACACGAUAGCAAGGAAGAUGCCGUUGCUUGUAUGGAGUUGAUCCUUUGGAAAAUGAAAGAGGAAGCGAAAUUACAGUGAACAAAGUUACGAGCAAUCUAUCAGACUGAAUCGUCGUGUACAGCUUAGAUUUUUACGUUUCGCUAAACCUAGACGCAGUGAUCUUUCCCCGAUUUCAGCAUCCCAUUUCGAAACUACAGAUUCAUCGUAUGUACUGUAUCAUAGUUUUUCAUGUAUAAAUAUGUGAUAUGCGUGAUAUACCGUUGAAUUAAUUAUAGAAUCAGGUAACAUUUAAUCGCCGCGUUUGAUUUCGAGUUGCAUUAACAGUUUCUACGACGGUACACGUAUGUAGUUUGUCGGUCGGUGAAAAAUUCGUAUCGAGUCCGCCGCCGCGCAAUUCGUACUUUUGUAAAAUUUCGUUAUUGCCCGCGUCCUAGAUUUCUGGAUCGUUCGAAUAUAAACAGAAGGACGUAGCAGUACCUGCGUUGCGUGUGUUUUCUUUGAGUGUUUCGAAAAUUUUACGAAAUGUACAUUUAUUUUUGGAGAUUAAACAUCUCGCAAUAAAC